GGGGAGGGGGCGCGGGGGGCGGCCAGUGACAAUAGUGCCAUCGGCCUUGGAAGGCUCCGCGCCCGGGCAUGGAGGCCGAGGAGUUGGGCAGAUACUACGCAUAUCUUCAGCAAGCAUUUUACACAUUUCCGUUCCAUCAGAUGAUGACUGCAGCACCUAACAUGGAAAUCAUGACAGAGCAGCCGACUCUAGAGGGCAUUCCAGAGCCAAACGUUGUUCAGGAGCCUCCAAAAGAAGUUAAAAAAGGAGGAAGAAAAAGAAAAGCCAAAGCAACCGAGCCAAAGCAACCCAAAAAGCCUGCUGCUAAAAAAGAAAAGUCGGCCAAGUCAAAAGGCAAACAAGAAAAGAUCACAGAUACUUUUAAAGUCAAACGGAAAGUGGAUCGUUUUAAUGGCGUGUCUGAAGCUGAACUUCUGACCAAGACUUUACCUGAUAUUUUGACCUUUGAUCUGGACAUCGUGAUAAUUGGCAUAAAUCCUGGCUUGAUGGCAGCUUACAAAGGACAUCAUUACCCUGGACCUGGAAACCAUUUUUGGAAAUGUCUGUUCAUGUCUGGCCUAAGUAACGAGCAGCUGAACCAUAUGGAUGACCACACCUUGCCACAUAAAUAUGGGAUUGGAUUUACAAACAUGGUUGAAAGGACAACACCUGGAAGCAAAGACCUCUCCAGCAAAGAGUUUCGGGAAGGAGGGCGAAUCCUGAUGCAGAAGUUACAGAAGUAUAAACCUCGUAUAGCAGUUUUCAAUGGAAAAUGUAUUUAUGAAAUUUUUAGUAAAGAAGUUUUUGGUAUAAAAGUUAAGAACUUGGAAUUUGGGCUGCAGCCACACAAGGUGCCAGAUACUGAAACUCUCUGCUACGUUAUGCCAUCAUCCAGUGCAAGAUGUGCUCAGUUUCCUCGUGCACAAGAUAAAGUUCAUUAUUACAUAAAGCUGAAAGAUUUAAGGGAUCAACUGAAAGGCAUCACACCAAACACAGAGGUGCAGGAGGUGCAGUACACGUUUGACUUACAACUUGCACAAGAGGAUGCUAAAAAGAUGGCUGUCAAAGAAGAAAAAUAUGAUCCCGGUUAUGAAGCAGCAUAUGGGGGAGCUUACUGUGAUCGCACGCCGUAUGGAAGCGAACCGUGCAACUUCUCUUCAAAUGGAACCGCAGCAGGCGAUCCACAGUACUGUGAGGGGUCAUCCUUCGGUGAGGUUCCUAACGGACAGUGGAUGACGCAGUCCUUUGCAGACCAGAUUCCAGAGUUCAGCACUGGUGUGACACGGGAAGAAGUGGGAAGCAGCGCAUAAGAGCUGUUUCUUCUCGGCUAUGCAUAUGUGCUGCAGUUUUAAUGCAGUGAUCAAGAUUGGUACCUCGGUUUUCCAACUGAAGCAUUUUAAUAGUAUUUUAUCUCCCUAGGUAUUUUAUUAUAGUCCAAAGUGAGUGUGUGGUAGGCUCAAAUCAAUGAACUAGAUAAUUCUAAGGAACUGUCCAAACUUUUAAAGAAAAGUUAGCCCUUUUUGUACAUGAGGUUUAUAUUUAAUGUGCACCAUUUCUUGCAGGUUUUGUCAACUUGCUUUUUCAUCUGUGAAGAUUUCUUUGGGACGUUAAUUUUAUUCCAUAAAUCGAAAUGUAGUAGUAACAGCAGCAGUAUACCUUUUACUGAUGCCUCAAUAUUUAUCUAUCUCGUAAUCCUUUUAUAUCCAGAGGGGAAAAUGGGAAGUGUACUCUUCUCUUACAUGAAGUGGUGAUUUUAAUCAUGCACAGUUAAGCAAAUUGUGCUUUUUAAUGCUGUCUUUUACCUUCUUAAAGUGCAGAAAGGUGCAUACUGAAUCUUUUCUGGGUGGGAAGUUGGUUUAGUGACUGGACUUUAUUCAGGAUUAAGAGAGUGGAGGCAUCAUCUCAAGUUACAGCACUGGGGAAGAAAAUUUAUGUUGCACAGGACAGGGCCCAAACAUUACAGCUGAGCUGACUUAGGGUAACAUGUCUCUACCACUGCAUCCCUUUUCCCCUUAAAUUCCAAUGUAAGAAACUCUAACUACUUAAACAAAAAACACAUUUAAAUAAACAAACAAAAAUUACUACAACAAAAAGCAAACAAACCCAAUCCAACAACAGGGGUUCUUGAAUUCUGUGACGUUUAAACUCAGUCAUUUCUGUGUCAUUAGUCUUUCUGCCUGACUUUUAACAGGAGACAAGCCCUUCGAACAGAUCUCAUGGCAGGGAACUGAAAGACCACAUUCCCUGUAAAAACUGCGUCCAGCUGUGUUGUGUAUGUCAGGUACAGAGAGCACAGAACCUGUAAUUUAGCAGUUUUUAACUGAGUUCUCUUCAGUCUGUAACACCUUUUAGGGGUGUUCUCCUUAAUGCUCUUGCAAGUGAAAAACACAAAGUUAAACAUAAAGGCAGCUGUUCCAUGAACAAGUCAGCUGUAGAAGCUGCAGCUUUCUUCUGAGGAACUUGUUAAAUUGUACUCCCUUUUGGCCAAUAUUAGUGACAGAAAAAUGAGAUUCCAUGCUUGUGCCUAACCAUCAUCUUUCCCUUUUUUGUGACAUGAGGAAGAGAUGAAGUAAAAGCAAUAAGCUGAUCAAAAGAUUAAGGUUUUGAUGAUCUUAUGAUGGUAGGUGCUUCACAUACUUGAAAAAUAGAUACAAACAGUAUCUCCAGAAUCCAUGCUGGUCAGGUAUUCCUGUGCCAGUGUAUUUUACCUUUCCUCAUAGCCAGUAACAGUUAACACAUGUUGAGUGUAACUGGUUGGUGCAUAUUCUAAUCCUGCUCUAUUGGCUCUCGCUGAGGUCACACUGUCAACCUGUUGUGAGGCAGGCACAAUGUUUACAGUUCUAUUCCCAAAUUAUGUGGCUUAAUUCUGAGCGUCUUAAAUCAAGAAAGUGUGCAUUAUGAUUCUGAUGUGUUUAUUAGCUUCAGCAUAAAGCUGUUCAGUAUAUUGUCGAAGAGGUAUAGGACUUGUUUGUUAUUUAAAGUGUACUGUAUCCUGUAUUGCUGUUUACAUGGACGUUUUCCUGCAGGUGCUCAAAGUAUCUCGCAUCAGGGAUUUGUUACAACUUAAUUUUAUUUUUCAACAAAACCAGAAGCAUGUAAUUAUCACUGCUGGAUAUGUAGCACAGUACGAUGUAACUACUGGAAGGCUAACCUGUUAGAUGGGAAGGGAAAGGUCUCUUCUUUAAUGGAAUCACCUAUUAGGUUAUCUAAGUAUAAAAUACAGUUACGUGUACAAUGACCAUCCUGCUCAAUAUUGAAUUCUGUGUGUACUCCCUCAGAACUGGUGCUUUUUUUCAUUACAGUAAUACAAAAGUUCAUAAUCUGUCUUAAAUCUAUCAAUGUUUCACAAUAAAAUCAGGAAAUGAA